AAAAACUGACACAUAAGAAAAGAGCAGCGAGCAAGCUGAAGCCUGAAGGUGAAAGCCUGAGCAGCUCGUCGUCCCCUUCCCCCCACUUCUUCCUCAGAUAAGGAGAGGCCCCAGGCCAGAGGGAAAAAAAAAGCAUCGAUUUUCCCCCCUUAAUUGGCCCAAGACCUCAGCCGCCGACCAGCAUCAGCAAGAGGCAGACAAGCUAGGUUUUACUGCUUUCCUUGGGCACAAAGAUCCGCUGACCUCUUGGUAAAAAUCCAACCUUUUUGUACUGUUUUCCCCCUGGGAAAACCUCCUUGUGGUGCAUAAACUGCUUAGUACACACUGCCAUCUCUGGAGAAGGAAACUGAGAACCACUAUCCAUAUCUGGCACGACCCUUGUCAAGAACCAUGGCUGUUCACUUGCCAUGAAGCUGCUUGAACUGGAGGCACCUAAAUGCUGUGGAUUGUUCCUAUGCAGAUGAUUGGAUCAGUGGUGUCAGGCUUCGGCGGUUUUGAUCAGAUGUUGUAUGAAUAAUAAGAGCAGGAUUGUUUGAGAGACUAUAGUUUGGGUACUGUUUGCUUCUCUAUUUACUGGUACGGUUUCCUACUGAUCUGCGGCUGCGCAGGGAGGCAUUCUCUUUUUUGCCGUACCAUGGAUGCCACGGAUGUUCAACAGAGCAUGGGAUUUAUGGAGUCCAGGGGUGGUAUGCCUAAGUUUUUCCAUGCCCUUGGACCGGCACUCCUGAUUUCAAUGGGGUACAUUGAUCUCGGGAAGUGGGUGGCAGCAGUUGAAGCUGGUUCUCGUUUUGGAUUCGACCUGGUGUUACUGGCUCUCCUUUUCAACUUUACUGCCAUUGUAUGUCAGUACCUUGCUGCUUGCAUUGGCACUGUCACAGGGAAGAAUCUUGCAGAGAUAUGCCACCAAGAGUACAACCAGCCAACAUGUAUUUUCCUGGGUGUUCAAGCUGGAUUGUCCUUGUUGACAUCAGAGCUGACUAUGAUUUUUGGCAUAGCACUCGGAUUCAACCUCCUGUUUGAAUAUGAUGAUCUCAUCACAGGGAUAUGCUUUGCAACAGUGGUGCCUAAUCUGCUACCAUAUGCUAUAUCCCACCUGGGAAAGAAGAUGGAAGGGACAGUAAAUGCCUGCAUAGCAGGAUUUGCACUUCUUAGUUAUGUGCUUGGCUUAUUGGUUAGCCAGCCACAAAUUCCUCUCACAAUGAAUGUAAUAUUCCCCAAGAUCAGUGGUGAGAGUGCUUACUCUCUGAUGGCACUUCUUGGUGCAAACAUAAUGGCACACAACUUCUACAUUCAUUCAUCAGUUGUCCAGGGUCAGAAAAAGUCGUCUGCAGUUGGUCUUGGCGCCUUAUUUCACGACCAUCUUUUUUCAAUAUUGUUCAUUUUUACUGGAAUCUUUAUGGUGAACUAUGUUCUAAUGAACUCUGCAGCAGCGGAAUCUACUAAUACUCUUCUCAUUACCUUCCAAGAUGUUGUAGAGCUAAUGAAUCAGAUAUUUGUAAAUCCUCUGGCACCAACUAUAUUUUUAGUGGUUCUUCUCUUCUCCAGCCACAUCAUCUCGCUGACAUCUGCUAUCGGUAGCCAAGUGAUUUCACAGCAUUUAUUUGGUAUAAACCUUCCUCUUUCUGGACAUCGUCUCCUGCUGAAGGUUUUUGCCAUAGUUCCUACUCUGUACUGGGCGAAAGUUGCAGGAGCUGAAGGGAUAUACCAAUUAUUAAUUAUAUGUCAGAUUAUCCAGGCCAUGCUCCUUCCAUCUUCAGUCAUCCCACUUUUUCGUGUUGCUUCAUCCAGAUCAAUAAUGGGAGCCCAUAGAGUGUCUUUGCAUCUGGAGAUACUGGUUUUUCUUGCAUUUCUCCUUAUGCUAUUUUCAAAUAUCAUAUUUGUGGCAGAAAUGCUAUUUGGUGACAGUGGCUGGAUGAACAAUCUGAAAGGAUAUACUGGAAGCCCUGUGGUGCUCCCAUAUACUGUUUUCAUUUUAGUUGCAUGUGUAUCUGUGGCUUUUUCACUGUACCUGGCUGUUACACCAUUGAGAUCUGGAAGUCAUGAAGCUGAAUCCCAUGAAUGGUCUGUGCAUUCUCAGAGAGAACUCUUGAAUACUCCUCAAGAAAGGGAAGAUGUUAAGGUGGACAAUGUUACCUAUGAGGAAGAUCAGAGAUCAGAUGUUGGCCCUUCUCCCAGGGAUGCGCCUGACAGCCAUCCGGAGCUGGCCAUGGACUAUAUUGAUACUUCUGACACUGCUGUAGAAUCUGAUCACGACUCUCAACAAUCUACUGCAUAUGCAUCCACUGCUCCUGAAACCUGCCCCUCCCCGUCAUUUACUCGUGAGGAGUCAAAAUCAGUUGUUGCAGUCAACUGGCCGGAGCCUUUGGAGAAGGUUCCUACUUCUACUGUGAUAGAGGAAAGCACAGUAGAAAGUGUGGUCUCUAGGAUCACGACUGAAAGAGAUGUUUUAGUAGAAACAGAUGUUUUCUCAGGCAAGGAUAAGGAAGAUACACAUGUUUUGGAGUCUGAGAAGUCAAUUGUUGAUAGCACCCCUUGUGUGUCUGAUGAUGGUCCACCAUCUCUUACCUUCAGCAGGGGAAAAGGCUCAGAUGCAGGAAAUGGCAAUGGUAGUCUCUCGAGGCUAUCCGGUUUGGGCCGUGCGGCAAGGAGGCAGCUAGCUGCUACUCUUGAUGAGUUCUGGGGGCAUCUGUUUGAUUACCAUGGUAAGCUCACUCAAGAAGCCAGCACAAAAAAGUUUGGUAUCUUGCUUGGGAUAGACCUUAGAACACCUACCACAGCUGUAAGAACGGAUAAGCAAGCUGUUGAAAUACCCAAGAGCCCACUGGUGAGAGACUCAAUGCGGGGGGCAGCUUUUUUGUCAAGUUCAGUGGACCUGAUGUCCCCUAAGAAUGAGACAUCGAAUUUGGAACUUGCAUAUGGGCUUCAGAGGGGACCGGCCAUGGGAUUGUCAAGCUGGUCUCAGGGUAUGCAGCUACCAAACACACAGCUGCAGAGCUCAAGCAACAGCCUACUUGAGCAAAGUGCAAGAUUAAACUCAAAUUUUAGUGCGCCAUCUUAUUCAGACAACAAUCAAUUCUACCAACCUGCAACAAUUCAUGGGUACCAGCUCACAUCUUACUUGAAACAGAUGAAUGCCAGCAGAAACCCUUACUCUAGCAUGCCACUGGACCCACAGCGGCUUCCAAAAUCAUCUGUGUCUGCUGUGCCAACCUAUGUUGAUUCCAUGAUGAAUGCUCGUAAUCAUAAUCUGCUUGCUUCACUGGGUGCUACUCCUUCACAGAUUCCUGCAACAUCCCGUGUAGGCUCAAUGAUGCCUGAAAGAUCGUAUUACGAUCCUUCCACUGUUGAUGGGAAUGAAAAUUCUGGUUCGCCUGCUUACUCAAAAAAGUACCACAGCUCACCUGAUAUGUCUGGAAUAAUCGCUGCAAGUAGAGCUGCACUGUUGAAUGAAGCAAAGUUGGGUGGUGCCAUUGGACCCCAGUCAUACCUUAGCAGGCUGGCGUCAGAAAGAUCUCAAUAUGCAAACUCAGCAGCCAGGCCUGCGGCUCCAUUAGCAUUUGAUGAGCUUUCACCUCCUAAGCUCCAGAGUGAUAUCUUCUCGGCGCAGUCGAGCAUGAGCCCAAGUGCUAGAUCCCUUUGGGCUAAGCAACCAUUUGAGCAACUGUUUGGCAUGUCAAGUGCAGAGCUCAGUAAAGGUGACUUCAAUCUUUCAGGCAGAUCAGGUGGCAUGGCCAAGGAUGAUUUCUCUUAUAAGGAAUCUGAGACAAAGCUUCUUCAGUCCCUCAGAUUCUGCAUUAUGAAGCUCCUUAAGCUAGAGGGAUCAGGGUGGCUGUUCAAGCAAAAUGGUGGUUGCGAUGAAGAACUAAUUGACCGAGUUGCUGCAUCUGAGAAGCUAUUGAUGCAAGGGACUACUGAGAAUCAACUGCUUCAUGGUGAUCUUCAGCAACAUACUUCUGAUCAGGUGGGCAUCCAAUACAUGCGCACACUUCCCAACUGUGGGGAGGACUGUGUUUGGCGCGCAUCACUCGUUGUUAGUUUUGGUGUCUGGUGCAUCCGCCGAGUGCUGGACAUGUCUCUAGUGGAAAGCAGACCAGAACUUUGGGGGAAGUAUACCUAUGUCCUUAACCGUCUUCAGGGAAUCUUGGACCCAGCAUUCUCCAAGCCUCGGAGUGCUCUGACCAUAUGUGCUUGUCUUCAGAAAGACAUCAGAGUGCUCAAUAGUCCACCCGGCAGUGGGCUAACAGCCAUGGGUCCCAUCCCCAUACCAAUCCGUGGCACCUUCACAACUGCAGGUGUGGUUCUGGAGACGAUCAAGGAUGUGGAGACCGCAGUCUCAGGCCGCAAGGGCAGGAGUGGCACAGCAGCGGGCGACGUCGCCUUCCCCAAGGGGAAGGAGAACCUGGCCUCUGUGCUGAAGCGGUACAAGCGGAGGCUCGCCAGCAAGGGACAGUAGCAGCGUCGGACAGCGAUUGCAAUGUUAGGAGUCUGACUAUUGUUCUCCAGGGACUGCCAUCGGCCUCCCUGAGUCCUGGAUUUUUUCGUUACAUGACGUUCGUAGGGACCGGUUGCCCGAUGAUCGUUUUGGUCCCUUCCAGCAAGUUUUUCUUCUUUUUUUUUUUUGUUUUUUUGGCAGUGUCAUGUUUUGUAAGGGCAACUACGUGUGUGCUCAAAAGAACCCAAGAUGUACACGCAAAGGAGAUGUAGUCUGCUGAUGCAGCAUUGUAAAGUCCACACUCUGCAGGUUAACCCUUUUUUGGGGCCGUCAAGUGUUAGCGCCCUAUGUAUGUUAUCAACCCUGCAGAGAGGUUGCAAAUACUGAACCACUCUCACAAACUUGCACCUGUCGAGAUCAUUUUGUAAUCUACUACAUCUUUGUUCAGAAUUGUUUUUUUUUUCA